AUGAAGCCAUUGAAGAUGCACACAUUUACAUUUACCAUCUCUCUUUUUAUUAUUCUCCUUCUGGGUGUUUGCCACGGGUCCAGCGCAACACUAUUGACGGAGGAGAAGGAAAAAACUUACAUAGUUCACAUCUCCAAAUCUGAGAUGCCGGCGAGUUUUCAACACCACACUUACUGGUACGAUUCCUCGCUCAAAUCGGUAUCACAGUCUGCCCAAAUGCUCUACACUUACGAGAAUGCAAUCCACGGGUUUUCCACUCGAUUAACAGAAGCAGAAGCCAAGUUACUGGAGAGACAACCCGGGAUUCUCUCUGUACUGCCUGAGUUAAGAUACGAGUUACACACAACUCGUACCCCUGAGUUCCUCGGACUCGACAAAAGUGCUAAUGUGUUACCUCAGUCUGAAUCAGUUGGUGAAGUGAUCAUUGGUGUGUUGGAUACUGGUGUUUGGCCAGAAAGUAAGAGCUUUCUUGAUACUGGGCUUGGUCCUGUGCCUAGCAGCUGGAAAGGCGAUUGUGAAGCAGGCACCAACUUCACAAUAAAAAGUUGUAACCGGAAAUUAAUUGGUGCAAGAUUCUUUGCUAGGGGCUAUGAGGCUACAUUAGGCCCAGUUGAUGAAUCAAAAGAAUCAAGAUCGCCAAGAGAUGAUGAUGGCCAUGGCACUCACACUGCUUCUACGGCAGCCGGAUCGUUGGUCGCAGAUGCAAGCCUUUUUGGAUAUGCAGUUGGAACAGCUCGUGGGAUGGCUGCCCGUGCCAGGUUGGCUGUCUAUAAAGUGUGCUGGAUUGGUGGUUGUUUUAGUUCCGAUAUUUUGGCUGCCAUGGAUAAGGCCAUUGAUGAUGGUGUUAAUGUUCUUUCCAUGUCACUUGGUGGAAGCAUGUCUGAUUAUUAUAGAGAUAGUGUUGCAAUUGGAGCUUUCGCUGCUAUGGAGAAGGGAAUAAUAGUCUCUUGCUCCGCCGGUAAUGCAGGUCCAGGCUCAUAUAGUUUGUCCAAUGUUGCUCCUUGGAUAAUUACUGUUGGGGCUGGCACGUUGGAUCGUGAUUUCCCUGCUUUUGUUAGUCUUGGUAAUGGGCGAAAUUACUCUGGUGUUUCUCUUUACAGAGGGGGUGCAUUGCCAGGAAAGCUUUUGCCAUUUGUUUAUGCUGGUAAUGCUAGCAAUGCAACAAAUGGGAAUUUGUGUAUGAUGGGCACUUUGAUCCCUGAACAAGUUGCAGGGAAAAUAGUGCUUUGUGAUCGUGGAGUGAAUCCCAGAGCGCAGAAAGGAGCUGUAGUCAAAGCAGCUGGUGGUUUAGGCAUGAUUUUGUCCAACACUGACGCCAAUGGAGAAGAAUUGGUUGCUGAUGCUCACUUACUGCCAGCUACUGCAGUUGGUGAAAAAAAUGGAGAUGAAAUUAAGGAUUAUUUGUUAUCAGAUCCAAAACCGACGGUGACCAUUCUUUUUGAAGGUACAAAAGUUGGGAUUGAACCAUCUCCAGUGGUUGCGGCAUUCAGCUCAAGAGGGCCUAAUUCCAUCACAGCGGACAUCUUGAAGCCAGACAUGAUUGCGCCAGGUGUCAACAUCUUGGCGGGUUGGUCGGGCACGGUUGGUCCUACAGGGCUGGCAACAGAUAGCAGGCGCGUGGACUUCAACAUUAUUUCAGGCACCUCAAUGUCUUGCCCCCAUGUGAGCGGACUCGCUGCACUGCUCAAAGCCGCUCAUCCUGAAUGGAACCCAGCAACUAUCAGAUCAGCACUAAUGACCACAGCCUAUGUAACUUACACGAAUGGCAAGAAAUUGGAAGAUAUUGCUACUGGAAAAGAUUCUACACCAUUUGAUCACGGAGCCGGACAUGUGGACCCAGUUUCCGCACUCAAUCCAGGGCUUGUUUAUGAUCUCACGGCAGAUGAUUACUUGAAUUUCCUAUGUGCGUUGAACUACUCUGCAACAGAAAUCAACAGCCUUGCUAGAAGAAAAUUCACAUGUGAUGCUUCCAAGAAAUAUAGCGUGGCCGAUCUCAACUACCCUUCUUUCGCAGUCAAUUUUGGUAAUGGUGGUCCUAAUGUGGUUAAGCACACACGAACUCUUACUAAUGUGGGUCCAACAGGGACAUACAAGGUGUUAGUAUCAUUGCAAUCUGCAGGGGUUAAGGUAUCAGUUGAACCUGAAACAUUGAGUUUCAGUCAAGCAAAUGAAAAGAAGUCUUAUACGGUCACAUUUACUGGAAGUUCAAUGCCACCAAAUACUAAUAGCUUUGGCCGAAUAGAGUGGUCUGAUGGGAAACAGACUGUUGGAAGUCCAAUAGCAGUUAGUUGGACUUAG